UGUCUACGCCGCCUGUUCGAAAGCGAAAAGGCCCUGUAACUGCCGAGAACAGUGAUAGUGAUAAUGCCACUGUGCCCAUAAAUUCGUAUAAACGAAAAAAAGUCGAUAUAAAAGAAUUCAAAAGGAUGGUAAUUGAUUUUAAAAGGCAUCCAGCCUUAAAAAAUUAUUGUCAACUUGUUUCUGAAUUGCAUUCAGUGGAAGAA